CAGGCCAGUCUCACUGGGAGCUUUAGAGGUUAAAGUCUGGUGGGUAAGGUUUGGCUAGCAGAAAGAUUGGCUUAUUCUUCAGUACAAAGGUCUUAUUAAAUACACAUGAGUCUUGCAAUUCACCACUUUGAUGAUGGGUAUAAAAGCAGGGAAUCACAGGGAGAAGGAGAGAGGUAGAUAGAAGGGGAUUAAAGCCUAUUUAGGGAGAUCUAGGACCUCAAAAAAGACAGGGAGAGUUCAGAUCUGACCACACAGUAGACAGACAGAUAGAGCAGCCGAGCGAUGUUGGUGAUAAGCGAGUUUUUAGUAGCGCUGGUCAUCUCUCUCUUUGUUGUGCAAUUUCUGAAACUGAAGUGGGCAUGUAGCCGGCUUCCUCCUGGACCAACUCCCCUCCCCCUCAUCGGCACCAUGUUGCAGAUGGAUUUCAAACGCCAGCAUGAGAAUCUCAUUAAGUUGGCACAGAUUUACGGGAACAUCUUCACCUUGUGGAUUGGACAUAUUCCUGUCAUCAUACUGAAUGGAUUCCCAUCUGUGAAGGAUGGCCUGACUAUCCACUCUGAAGCCACCUCUGGCCGCCCAACAACCCCUUUCUUUCAGAAAACAGCCGGAGGAAAGGGUAACAUUUUCUUUCCUUAUAAACUAUACAGAGGGUUUAUUUUGUUGGUGGGAGAGCGCAUCACACUUUUGCCUCUCUUACAGCUGUAUGAUGUUUUCCCCUGGCUCAUGGAUCAUCUCCCAGGUACUCACCAGAAGGUAUUCUAUUGCCAAGAAUUUGUCCGGUCUUUUGCAAGGAAGGAGAUCAGAAGCCACCAAGAGAGUGGGUCACCUGACGAACCACAGGAUUUCAUUGAUUUCUACCUGGCUCAGAUAGACAAAAGCAAAGCUGACCCUGAUUCGACCUUUGAUGAAGACAACCUGGUCCAGACUGUUUUCGACCUUUUCUUGGCAGGGACAGAAACCACAACCACCACCCUCCGCUGGGCAGUGCUUUAUAUGGUGACUUACCCAGAUGUCCAAGAGAAAGUCCAGAAGGAGCUGGACGCUGAGCUGGGUCCCUCCCAAUUAAUCUGCUACGAGGAUCGGAAGAACCUGCCCUACACCAACGCCGUGAUUCAUGAGAUCCAGCGCUACAGCAACAUCGUUGCAGUCGGAAUUCCUAGAACAUGUGUAAAAGACACAAUGCUGCAGGGCUUUCCCAUUGAGAAGGGCACCAUUAUUCUCCCAAAUUUAACCUCUGCCUUGCUUGACCCUGAGCAAUGGGAGACACCUCGACAGUUCAACCCAAAUCACUUCCUGGAUCAGGAUGGAAAUUUUGUGACCAAAGAAGCUUUCUUACCAUUCUCAGCAGGGCCCCGUGUGUGUUUGGGGGAGCACCUGGCAAGGACUGAGCUCUUCAUCUUCUUCACCAACCUGCUGCGGGCGUUCACCUUCAGGCUACCGGAGGGAGUGAAGGAAAUCAACACCGAGCCCAUGCUAGGGGGUUUAUUGCAGCCUCAUCCCUAUAAGAUCUGUGCUGUUCCUCGCUAGGCUGCAGCACCCCACAAAGCACGGGAGGAGCCAGUAGGCAGGCAUGUGUGCCUUUGUGGAUUUCCACCUUUCACCUCUUCCCCUCUUUCUACUUCCAGCUUUGACGACGGUGUCAGCUCAGGCCAGUGAAGUCAAUUUCUCGAUCCGUUAGACUUUGGGAAUUAAACUGCAAACCACUGCCACUUCA